AUGUCAGGCAGGACAGUAGAAGGGACAAGGAGCCAAAAUAAGCUUAAAAUAUACAACACAAUAACAAAGCAUAAAGAAGAAUUGAAAAUAGAAGGGUUCUUCUUUAAAUGGUACACAUGUGGUCCAACUGUAUACGACUCGGCACACAUUGGGCAUGCUCGUAGUUACAUUACACUUGAUAUAAUUAGAAAAACAUUGGAGCGAUACUUUGGGUAUAAUAUAACAUAUAUAAUGAACAUAACAGACAUUGACGACAAAAUAAUAGUCAAAGCAAAUGAGUUCUUAAACAACCUUCCAAAAGAUAUAAGCGAAGAAUUUAAUAAACUUUCAAUUAAACUGGCAGAGGAUACAGAGGAGCAGAAAAGAAUUCAUAUGGCAACUAGGGCAGUCAGCAGAAAGUUUGAAAAGGAGUUCUUUGAGGACAUGGCUGCACUUGGGGUUGAUCUUCCUAACUAUACAACGCGGGUUAGUGACUAUGUAGAUGAAAUAAUUAAAUUCAUUAUAGGAAUAGAGGAAAGGGGGUAUGCUUAUGAGAGUGAAGGGUCUGUAUACUUUGAUGUACAGAAGUACAGAGAAGCAUAUAAGUAUCCGCUGAUGUGCAGUGCAUCCACCCAAGAAGAUCAGCAGAGUCUUUUAGAGGAGGGAGAAGGCAAGCUAACAUUAGGGCAGAAGAACAGAAAGGAAGACUUUGUGUUGUGGAAGGCCAGCAAGAAAGGAGAACCGGCGUGGGCAUCCAAAUGGGGCGCUGGCAGGCCAGGGUGGCAUAUAGAGUGCAGUGCAAUGGCAUCAAACAUAGCUGGAGGGCGCAUUGAUAUGCACUCUGGUGGGAUUGAUUUGAUGUUCCCACAUCAUGACAAUGAAAUUGCACAGUCUGAAGGGUACGGGCUAAACAACUGGGUUGGACACUUUUUGCACACAGGGCAUCUCCACAUUGAGGGAAUGAAAAUGAGUAAAAGUCUGAAGAACUUCAUUAAGGUAGAAGAGCUUUUGAAGAAGGGAACAGCAAGAGAGCUGAGGCUGAUGUUUAUUCUUCAGCGAUACAGCGGUCCAAUGACGUACAAUGAAGAAAGUCUGGAAAGAGCAAAAGUAAUGGACAAGAAAAUAUUCAGAUACAUUUCACUGCACACUGCAUGCACAAAAACUGACUCUAUUAAUGCGGUUCAUCCAUUCACUGAUGCAGAGAAAAGCAUUAUGGAGGAGUUUGAGAACACUGCAAUGGAAAUAGACAAGGCCAUCAAAGAUGACUUUAAUUUCCCAAAGGCACUAAAAUUUGCUGUUGAGCUAGCCAGUAUGGAGGCAAAAACUAAUGUUAAAGAGAUCCAUCAGCAAAUUGCUAUGUACUUAAGAAGGCUUAUGCAUAACAUAGGGCUAGAAGCAGAAGAGGAGGCCAGUACAUCUGACCAAACAGGCCUUAUCGAAUUAAUUGGCUCAUUUAGAAAUAAGAUAAGAGAUCUGACUAAAUCAUCAUCUGAUAAAAAAGCUUACUUCGAAGCAUGUGAUGCUGUCCGAAAAGAGAUGGAAGAAAAAGGAUUUGUGAUUGAAGAUGGAAAUGGUCAGGCAGCAUCUUCUCUCCGAAAAAAGUGCUAGAUGCACCAUAUAAACACUAAAAUAAAUUCUGGG